AUGCAAGCCUGGAAUUUGACGGACAUCGAGAACCUUGCCGAGCCGAUAGAGGUGACUACCUCUCGCCGCGGCGAGACCGGCGCGUACGAGCACCGCGUCGGGUACAGGGCGCUGGUCGACGUCCACGGCCGCCGCUCCGGGCCGUCUCGCUUCUGGCGCUGGCUUCCUGACACCUACCUCGAUCAGCUUAGCCGCAAACACCCGGCUGCAAACCUGCGGGCGCAGGCCGCGAUUACCACGCGCUCCUACGAGCACAGCCUCGACUGCGAGCCAGCGUCCGAGAGCGACGACGGCUGGGGCUACACGCCAGACCCCGCCGCCGACGCGUCGACGAUCCGCGUCCGGCUGCGCGGGCAGCCUGCCUUCGCUGCCGUCGAGGCGCUGGACGACGAGACGUCUGCCUCAUCGCAGACGAGCACGCCGGCCAGCGCCACAAAGGUGCGGCGGCGGCGAGGCGGCGAGGGCGAGGCGUGCGUGCAGCAGGAGGGAGGCUGCGUCGAGUGCUCCUCGGCCGCCGAGGAGGAGGCCGCCGCUCAGCAGCCGGGGGCGAGGACGCCACCACCUCCCGGCUUGCGCGAGAUGCCCCUCUCGGCCGGCUGA